AUGCAUUCAUUGUGCAUUGGACAGGACUUUAAUGAGGAACUAACCUGUAACAUCUGCAUGGACUCAUGGAAAGACCCUCAGGAGGUGGUACCCUGUGGGCACAUUUUCUGCAAGGAAUGCUGUAAAUCCAUCCAUACCUGCUCCAUUUGCCGCGUCCCGAUCCAAUCCUACCGGAAGCCCAAUCGCGCAUUGGUGAACUUAGCCCUGCAGGUUCGGGUGCGGUGUGGUAAGUGCCAGUGGUCUGGGACGCGCGAGGAGAGCCUUCGCCAUCAGUGUGGCGUCGUCGAACCUGCUGGAGGGGCCGCGAUGGGGGCUGGAUCACCUUAUCCUUUCCAAUCUUCACCGUUUUUGCACGGAACCGCACCGGCUCCCAACUUGAAUCCGCAUUUAGUAAAUAGUCCCAAUCCGGUUAGCCCGCCGCCGUCAAUUCCAGGUGGACGAGCGGGAGGGCGACGAUAUGAGGUAAUCGAACCCUAUGGGCCGGAGCCUUGGCGGCUGUAUGGGAUCCAACAGGCCGAAUACGACCAUCUUUUUUCACUCUUUUUAUUCUUUGAUUCGGACGAAAGUGGCGUUCUUAACUUUGAGGAGAUUUCCCGACUUGCCCACUGGCUGAAUUUUGCCCAUUCCCGGCAAGAUGUCGAACGCAUUUUCAAUGAUAUGGAUGUCUACGGACGUAAGAAACUUUCCGUGGGGGAGCUUCUUACUUGGAUGAAAUACAACAAACCCAACCCAUUGGCUCUCUACGGUAUGACGCAGGUGCAGUACAACACGGUUAUGCUCCAGUUUCGCCUUUACGACGCCAAUCAAGACGGUUUUAUGGAAUUGGAUGCGUUUACGAGAUUAAUGAUGCAAAACAAGGAUGUCUCGUCACCCAGGGAAGCCUAUAGGUUAUUUCACCAUAUUGAUACGAACGGCGAUGGCGUAAUUAGUCUGCAUGAGUUUGUUUUGUUUCGUUCAGGGCAGAUGAAAUAA